AUGCCCAAGAAGAAGCCGCAGCUGCCGCUCUGCACGUACGGCGCCGCCUGCACCAGACCCGGCUGCAUCUACCGCCACACUCCCAAGGGCGCCGUGCGGAAGAGCGAGAUCGUCUGCAAGCCAUUCCUGUCGGGAUUGUGCGAGUUCGGGUCCAGGUGCCAGAACAUCCAUCCCGGGCCCGAAGAGGCGGACAAGCUGCGCCGCAAGCAAAAGAAGCCGCAGCUGCCGCUCUGCACGUACGGCGCCGCCUGCACCAGACCCGGCUGCAUCUACCGCCACCCUCCCAAGGGCGCCGUGCGGAAGAGCGAGAUCGUCUGCAAGCCAUUCCUGUCGGGAUUGUGCGAGUUCGGGUCCAGGUGCCAGAACAUCCAUCCCGGGCCCGAAGAGGCGGACAAGCUGCGCCGCAAGUACGCGCUGAUAGCGUGCGAGUGGGGCAGCGCCUGUAAAAACCGCGGCUGCCUAUACCGCCAUCCGGCGCCAGUCGACACGCUUGCCGGAACGCUCGCGGCGGCCAGCCUCGGCGGCGGCGCCAAGCACGCAGCAGCAGCCGCGCCGGUCGGCGGCGAGCUGGCGGCGCCGGCGAGCGGGCAGAGGCGGAUGCCGCUGCUCGCGGGCGGUGUGUGGCAGGAGGACCUGUUGGAGACGGAGGCGGCGGCAGAGGCGGCCGAGGCGGCAGAGGCGGCGGGAGAGGAGGCGGCCGGGGCGGACCCGCCGCCGGCGCAGCCACUCGACCUGCUGCUCUGCGCCGAGUGCGCGAGCGACUCGGCCGCCGGCGCCAUCGACCCCGACGAUGGCCUCUUCUACUGCGACGCUUGCUGGCGCGCCUUUGAGGCGGAGGCCGCGCCGCCGCAGGCC